GAGAGUCGGGAGGAGCUUCAACCAUGGGCGGUGGUGGCGGCGGCGGCAGCACCAUUGGCGGCGGCAGCGUGCUGGGCGGACACGGCACGGGCAUGAGCAACAGUACGGUUGGCAUGGGAGCUCCUCCUGGCAGCUUGAUGCACGGCGGCGGCCCCAAUGGCGGCGCCCCCGGCAAUAUCUACGGCAAUGGCAAUGGCGGUGUGGUGGGUGUGGGUGGCGGCGGCGGCGGUGGCGGCGGACAGAGCACAGCCCCCGGUUCGGUGAUUGAUUCGAGGGCCGUGUCCGUCGUGGUGACACUGCCCGGCGGUCCCGGAUCCCAGCAUCCGGGGCAGGCGUUGAGCGACUACGGUCCCAUAUAGUUAAUGGUACGCCCGGACACCACGCACUGGGUCUCGACGAGCAGCUUCAGUCAGCUGUAAGGAUCCUUUCACUCACUCCUCACCAUCUCUGUCUCACUGUCUGUCUGUCUGUCUGUCUGUCACUCUCACACACGUAUGUAGUCUCCUCGAACACACACACCCACACACUUUCUCUCUCUCGUUCGGAAAAAAAAAGAAAGAAAAAAAGAAAGGUUUGAAGCAAUUGCCAUAUUAAUUCAUGUAGCCUGUAGUUUGUUUUUUGUGGACGGAGGCAAAAGGAAAACGCAACAAAAUGAGCAACAUUCUGCAUAAGAUUCUAGUCCAAAGACCUUUGUCAUCGAUAUAGCCGAUAACCGAAAGGAGAUAGUCGAUGGUCGAUAGCCAGCGAUAGCAGACGAGAGCAGCGUGAACGAAGAGAAACCGAAGCAGAAACGGAAACAGAAACAGAAAGUCGAGCCAAAACGAAGAUCAAAUCCAGAACCAGUCGCGCGGUCUGUUCCAUCCCUACCAUAGUCGAAAACUACUUUCCUAUUCCUAAUUAUUUAUACACAAGCCUUUCUUCUGACCCAUCCCAUCCGAACCCAUCCACGAACACUUUCUUCAACGAAAUAGACUGAGAAAUGCAAAGAACAGCAACAAAAAAACAAUUUAGAAGGAACUUACGAUACGAUACGAUGCGGGGGCGAAUGAUUGGAACGAUGGAAUGGAGAAUUUCGAGUAGUAGCACACUCCGCCCCACACACACACACACACACACAAACACUGCCAAGUCAGAGCCACGAGCCAUAUUUCGAAAUUACAACUAACUUUUAAUCAAACUAACUAAACUAUUAACCUUAACCUAAACACAGAAACGUAAACGUAAACUAAAACUAAAUGAAAAGAAAAAACAAAAACAGAUACAGAUAAAACCCUUUCGAAUGAACGUAGAAAUACAUAUUAAAAAUAAUGUCGCGAUUUCAGGGUUAUCGCAUUAUCAAAGAGCGUGGGCAAGAGCGCAACAGUGUUGCCAGAUACCAUUUGUAAAUUAUUUAAUCUAACCCUUAAGCCAUUACCCAACACUAGAUUUUGUACAUAGUAAUUUUUUCGAAAAACGCCGCAUAGUUUGUAAACGAAACAUUUUUUUUUUUUUUUGUGACGAAACGAGACGAGUCGUUACGAUACGAUACGAUACGAGAUGAGAUGAGACGCAUGAAUCCCUGAAACUAAAAUAGAAAUUGCAUUUCAAGCAUCAAAAGCAACUCUGCAUUUAAGCUCAAAAAUUGAAUUUAAUUUUUACAACAACCCACAGCCCCAGCCCCAGCCCCGUUUACCCCUUAAAAAUACAUAUAUAUCCAUAUAUAUAUAUAUAUAUACAAAUUGCCAAUAUUUGCAGCCGAAAGCAGGGCAUUUUUUUGCAUUUAAAAAAGCAAGCAAAAAUAAAAAUUGUAUAAAGCUAAACAUUUAUAUAUCUAAGAGUAUUAAAAUUAAAUUGUAAUCUUAGUCGUAAACGAAACGGAAGAAAAAAUAAGAAAAAGGAAAAGCAAAAGCAAACAAAAAUAUAUCUAUCAAGCAUUAAAAACUAUUGUAUUUAAACUUAAUAUUUAUAUAUACAUACAUAUAUAUAUUAUUGCAUACAAUACAUGUAUAUUUGUAUGUGUAAUUUUAUGGUAAAAGCGACAAUUUAACUGUUGGCAUUUCAAACCAUUUCACAUACGAAUCAAAAAGAAGGAAGGAAGGAAGGAGACGUUUAAAUUACGAGUAUAAAUUAUAUGAUAUAGCAACAACUACAAUAUGUAUGUGUGUAAUGUUUUUUUUUAGCAACUAUAACUAUAACUAUAUCCAUAAACAAGAGGAAAAAUAUGCAAAAGCUGUAAUAAAAACCACAAAAAAAAACACAUAAAAA